UUCACCCAAAGGCCCAGCCGUUAUUUCCGCCCCGAAUGAAAUUUUCGCAUAAAAAUUGAAAAGUUCAAACCACAAAAAGACUUUCUGUUAGAAAUUUGAAUUACAAGUUUCAGUCCUACCAAGUUCUUCAGCGACACAUCAUUGGUCGGAAAUAGAAGUUGAUGAUGAUCUAAUUUACAAGAAGAACAAAAGAUAGAGGGGAAAGUGAAACAAUGUCUGGGAUGAGUAAAAAUCUAGGGCAUUGGCAAUGGGAAGAAGCAGCUUCUGGAGCCGUUGCUGGAUUCACUACUGUUGCAUCUCUUCAUCCCCUUGAUGUUGUUCGUACUAGGUUUCAAGUAAAUGAUGGAAGAGUUACCCAUAUUCCACUCUAUAAGAACACUGUAAAUGCUCUUCUCACUAUUGGUCGAACCGAGGGCUUGAAGGGGCUUUAUGCAGGUUUUCAUCCAGCAGUUCUUGGGUCAACAGUUUCUUGGGGUUUGUAUUUCUUCUUCUACAAUAGAGCUAAACAACGGUACUCUAAAGGUGGAAGUGAAAAACUGAGUGCCGGGUAUCAUCUUGUUUCUGCAGCUGAAGCUGGUGGUUUGGUAUGUUUGUGCACGAAUCCAAUUUGGCUUGUUAAAACAAGAUUACAACUUCAAACACCGCUUCAUCAAACUAGGCCUUAUUCCGGGUUUUAUGAUGCCUUAAGAACCAUAUUGAGAGAGGAAGGAGUGUCUGCCCUAUAUAAAGGGAUGGGACCAGGGCUCUUGCUUGUAAGCUACUAUUAUUAUGUUUCUCAUGGUGCUAUUCAGUUCACUGUUUAUGAGGAGCUCCGUAAACUUCUUCUUGGCUUUAAGGGUAAAGAAGGCAAAACCAACAUCCCUGAUGAUAAAUUAUUGAAUUCAAUUGAUUACGUAAUGCUAGGGGCAUCUUCUAAAGUAUCUGCUAUGCUUCUGACGUAUCCUUACCAGCAACGACCUGGUAACGAUGGAACCCCAAAAUACAUGAGCAGCUGGCACGUUGUAAAGGAUACUGUGCGGUUUGAGGGGUUUCCUGGUUAUUACAAAGGCAUCACGUCAAAUCUUCUAAAAAAUGUCCCUGCCGCUUCAAUAACAUUUGUUGUGUACGAGAACGUCCUCAACAUCUUUAAGCGUGCAAGAAGGAAAGAUUGAGGUGUUUUCUGCUUCAUUGGUUUGCCAAAAUAUUUUUAGCAGCAUGUAUACAAUUCCUUUUAACAAUGAAAGGAAACAGUUUAUAGGGAAAGAAAGAAUAAAAUGUAUAUGGUUUAUUCACUGGCUUUCUGCUAGUGAUGUAGUACCUUGUAACUGCCGAAACCGCAUUUGCAAAAUGAAAUUUUGAUACAGACUCAGCCAUGUAUUA